UUUUGUGAAUUUCCAUCAUGUGGCAAUUGAAUUAUUAGGUUAUAAACGAUUAAGUAUGCCAAAUUAAUUAGUUUAUUAAUUUAGGAGCAACCAUAAUGAUUGUUAUAUUAAUUUAUGAAAGACUCAAGACUUUCAUCGGUCCGAUAUUCUAUAUAUGUUGGACUGAUACCCAAUCAGACGAGCCACCGACUUUCGAGCACUAACUUCUUCACUUACAAGCAACGAUGGCACUUCACCUUUUCUCUCUUCCAAGUGUUUUCUCCGAGAAGAUUAGCCGUCAAGUCCCUCGUUCGACAAGCACCAAAGCUGCUUUUCCUCAAGGAGGACGAAGAUCCGCCAAUUAUCAGCCAUCUAUCUGGACUCACAAUGACCUUCCGUCCCUCGUGAUUGAUGAAGGUCGUCAAUCUCGUCGCGUGGUUGAGCUGCAGAGAGAAAAGGCACAAAUGGUGGAAGAAGUCAGAGGUGCUCUUCACGACGAAAAUGCUGAGCUCAUUACCAUAUUUGCUCUGGUUGACGACAUUCAACGCCUAGGAUUGGGACGUCACUUUGAGGAAGACAUUUCGCGAGCUCUUCACCGAUGUCUCUCUCCAGAUGUGGUCUAUAAAGGCCUACAGAAGUCUCUGCAUGGCACAGCUCUCAGCUUUAGAAUUCUUAGACAGCAUGGCUUUGAAGUUUCUCCAGAUGUUUUUAAGAUUUUCAUGGACGAAAGUGGCAGUUUUAUGAAGACCCUUGGGAAUGAUGUCCAAGGUGUGCUAAGCCUAUACGAAGCCUCCCGUUUGGCCUUUGAAGAUGAAGAUAUUUUGCGCGAGGCUGAAACAUUCACCAUCGAGCAUCUCAAAAACCAUAAUCGCGACAUCAACAAAGAUCUUCAAGGCGAAGUGAACCAUGAAUUGGAAUGGCCCCUGCACCGUAGAAUGUCGCUGUUAGAAGCUCGAAGGUUCAUCGAAGCUUAUAGCAGACGUAGAUACACGAGUCAUCGAAUCCUCAAAUUUUCUGCUACGAACUUCAACACGUUGCAAUCAACCCUCCAAGGAGAUCUCCAGGAAGUGUUAAGAUGGUGGGAUAAUGUUGGACUCGCAAACGAACUAAACUUCGCGAGGGAUAGACUAGUGGAGUGCUUCUUUGCAGCGGUUGCAGUGGCAGAUGAGCAUCCACUCAGUAAUUGUCGGAAAGGGCUGACCAAAGUGAACAUUCUGAACGUCAUCAUCGACGAUGUGUACGAUAUUUAUGGCACAUUGGACGAACUGGAGCUAUUCACAGACGCUGUUCGCAGAUGGGACAUUAAUGCUGUGGAAGAUCUUCCUGGCUAUAUGAAGUUGUGCUUCUUAGCUCUCUACAACUGCGUGAACGAACUGGCUUACGACACUCUCAAGGAGACUCGGGAAAAUGUCAUCCCGUAUUUGACAAAAGCGUGGUAUGAUGCGUGUGAAGCCUUCUUGCAAGAAGCUAAAUGGAGUCACAACAAGAUCACCCCACGAGUAGAAGAGUACUUGAACAACGGGUGGAUUUCAGUAUCAGGGCAUGUCAUGUUGAUUCAUGCCUACUUUUUAUCCAGUCCAAGCAUGAGAAAGGAGGAACUUGAAUCACUAGAACAUUACCAUGAUCUCUUGCGGUUGCCAUCCAUGAUUUUCCGUCUUACCAAUGAUCUCGCUACCUCAUCGGCUGAGCUCGAGAGGGGAGAGACGACAAAUUCAAUCUGGUGUUACAUGCAAGAAAUGGGGGUCUCCGAGUUAGAGGCUCGCAAAUACGUUAUAAAAAUGAUCGACACAACGUGGAAGAAGCUGAACAAAUAUCUAGUCAAUGACUCAACCUUCAAUCAAUCUUUUGUGCGGAUGGCUUUCAACCUUGCACGGAUGGCGCAUUGUAUGUACCAUGACGGAGAUGCAGUUGGAGCUCCAGACGAUCUAUCGAUGAACCGUGUGCACUCACUAAUAAUUGAUCCAGUUUCUCUCGAGCCAGGUUUGGAUGGAGGAAUUUUGACCUAAAUUACAUUUUC